GAAAAAAAAACCAGCUCUUCAAUCAAAAGAAAAUAUACCCUUCGCACAAACCGCUAUUCAUUUGAAUUGCUAGAUUACUUGCUUCGUUUGAUUUGAUUGCCAAAUCUGCAUAAAUCUAACACCUCAGCUCAAGUCAACCUUACUUUUAUCAAAGUACCUCGAAUCGCAUCAUCGUCCCCACCAUCACCCCCUCCAUUCGAUAUCAUGGAGAAAACUGUAGGACUGUUGGGAGGAGGACAGCUGGGGCAGAUGCUCUGCGAAGCUGCAAAUCCUCUUGGUGUUAAGGUUAUCAUUCUUGAUGUACCAAACUCUCCUGCUAAACAAGUAAAUGCCAAGAACGACCAUCUCGAUGGCUCUUUCAUUGACGCAGAGAAAAUCCGCGAACUUGCAAAGAAAGUCGAUGUUUUGACAGUGGAAAUUGAACAUGUUGACACAUACGUAUUAGAAGAGCUGGCAAAUUCUGGGGUGGAAGUGCAACCCAGUAGGUGUCCAUCUUGUCUUUCAUUGUGGAUACCUUGAUUUAAACUAUGGGACAACACUAAUAUACGCUCAGGCUGGAAGACAUUGCGAGUCAUUCAGGACAAGUAUUUACAGAAGGAGCACCUCAUCAAAGCCGGAGUACAAACUGCGACAUCACAGGCGGUUGAAGCUGGAAACCUUGAGGAGUUUGGUCGCACGCACGGGUACCCAUUCAUGCUGAAGGCAAGGAAAGAUGCCUACGAUGGACGAGGUAAUUGUCCGGUGAAGUCGGAGUCCGAUAUCAAGAACGCCCUUGAAGUUUUAAAGGAUAGGUCGUUAUAUGCUGAGAAAUGGGCAAGCUUCAAAAUGGAGCUUGCGGUUAUGGUUGUGAAGACUGAAAAUGAGGUUUCCAAAGAUGGGGACUCUACCAUCGCAUACCCGGUUGUCGAGACAAUUCACGAAGAUAGCAUUUGCAAAUUAGUUUAUGCCCCAGCAAGAGGAAUUUCCAGUGAUCUUCAAAAGAAAGCACAAGCCUUAGCGCGAAAAGCAGUGGGAAGUCUUUGGGGCAAAGGUGUUUUUGGAGUUGAGCUGUUUGUUAUGGAAGAUGGUCAACUGCUGGUCAAUGAGAUUGCUCCUCGACCUCAUAAGUAAGUGCCUUGAUCUGGAAAUUCAAUGGUGAGACCAAACGAGUACUGACAUCAUCCUACUAAAGCUCGGGACAUUACACAAUCGAAGCAUGCCCAACAAUGUCACAAUAUAAAUCGCAGCUCCUGUCGAUACUAGGCAUUAUGCCAUCGUUUCCUAGCUCGACUAUCCCUUCAAUGUUUCCCGCAACUAUCAUGUUAAACAUCCUCGGCGGCGCAUCAAAGGAUUCCCACACAGAAUUAAUGCAACAAGCCGCUGCAAUUCCCACAGCCAAUCUCCAUAUGUAUGGAAAAGAAUCCAAACCAGCGCGCAAAAUCGGGCACAUCACUGUCAUUGGCAAUUCUAUGGCUCAAGCCGAACAGCUUACCUCCCCCCUAAUCACCCUUAGUGACAACAUGCGUGCGGAGCGUAAAGGUCUCCCCAAAUCCACAUCUACCACAAUCUCAACCUCAUCCUCCGCACAAAAACUCGUCGCUAUUACCAUGGGCUCAGACUCAGAUCUACCCGUCCUAAAGCCCGGUCUCGCUAUCCUCGAUUCUCUCCAAAUCCCAUACUUCCUUACUAUCACAUCUGCACAUCGUACACCACAACUCAUGGCAGAUUUUGCACGCGAUGCAGCUUCCAACGGCUUCAAAGUCAUCAUAGCUGCUGCAGGAGGAGCUGCCCAUUUACCUGGUAUGAUCGCUGCGCAAACUCCUCUUCCAGUUAUCGGAGUACCAGUGAAGGGUAGUACGUUGGAUGGAAUGGACAGUCUCCUGAGCAUAGUACAAAUGCCGAGAGGAGUCCCUGUCGCAACUGUUGCGAUUAAUAACAGUGUUAAUGCAGCAUUAUUGGCCGCUAGGAUAAUAGGGACCAGUGAUAGUGUCGUGUUUGGAAAGAUGGAGGAUUAUAUAAAGAAAAUGGCAAACGAAGUUGUGGGAAAGAAAGGACGAUUGGAAGAGGUUGGCUGGCAGGAUUAUUAGAUUUUGACAGGUAUAAAAUUAUAUUUAUAUUAUCUUUUAUUAAUUUUAAAAAAGGUAUAUAUUUAAAUAAAAAUU